CGCCGUCACUCCACCACCGGUGCCAUCACCACCGCCAACGCUUCGCCGUCGUUACCAACGUCGAGACGCUAUGUGUGAUCGUUGCUGUCGUUUUAGUUAUUAACAGACCGUACGAUCAUUCGUACUGUAGUGAAGCGGGAGAAAAAGAGUGAAGAGGAAGGAAGAGAGAGAGAGAGAGAGAGUAGUGAGAUAGGAAUUGUAAUUGAGCAGGAAGAGAAGAGAAAAUUGUCGUGGAUGUGUGCAAGGAAGAGAAAGAAAUAAAAGUGGAAAAACGAAUAAACGUGAAAAAUAGAAGGAAGAAUCGAGCGUGGGGAAAAGGGAAGAAAAAGCGAAAGAGAGAGAAAGUAUAUUACGAGCCAUGCUGCACAGUCUCGCCUGAACAAAGGAAGGCUCCCUCAACUGAGGGUCGUUUCCGAUCGACGAACCGUCGGUCCCCCUUCGUUUGCCUUCGGCGCGCCUCGUGUGGCAUAAGUGUCUAGCGAUCGGCCAGUCACGUAGCAGCGGCCGAGCCGUGAGGAACAAAGAACGGAAGGAUAAGAGUAGAACUUCAAAGAGCAAAAAAGAAGCGUAUAUCCAUGAACCGGCUUGCCGGUAAAAAUAAAGAAAAAAAGGCAGGUAACAGUAAUAUUGAGCUUGUGUCAUAGAAAUUCUCAUUGAUCGAGAUUUUUGCUUUUAAGUGGAGAAAGUGAAGAAAAUUUCCUGUUCCUAUCGAGAUAUUUUAUCAAAAUCAGUUCGAUUUGUGUACGGUACAUUAAAAGUUGUUUCCGCGUAUCAUUUCGCAAGUUUUAUCGUGUAGAUACGUUAACGCCAAAAUCGAUGCAAGUGUAAAAUAGGCGUCCUUUACGCGUGUGUGUUUUCCAAGGUGCUUUCGUUUCGUGUUUUCAAGCCACUUUGAGUGAAUUCAAAUAAGUUUUGAACAACGGUGAACAGAAGUUGGAUUCUUAAUUGGCAGUUUUGUGAGUGCGUUCUCGACAUACCGGCGACCUAACCUAACGAUUACUUCUAAGGGGCACGCAAUUACCAAUGAUAAUUGUUACAUGUAUACGUUAAGAAAUCGAUCGUUCAUACGUGCCGUUAAAAUGUGCUAAAUGGUGAAACAGAGAAGCUGAAUAAAGACAAACGUGACUACAAUAUAAAUCUUUAUCUACUAUUAUCACAAAGAUUUUCAUUUGCCUUUAUUUUUGCUACUCGAUUCGCUUUCGUGUGACAUGUGCACAAAUAUACAGUGCACACCUGAAUUUGAAGGAUUUUUUGACUGAAAAGCAGAAUUCCUCCGUUCGGCUACGUACGGAUUAUCCUCGUAUUUACGGUGAGUCCUGUACUAUUAUUGAGAGGUGCUGCUACGGAAACGAUAAGUCUGCGAGCCCAUUGCGAAGUUUACAAAGGUUACGCAUUGAGGGGAUGCCGGUUGAUUGAAGAUGGCCUCGCCGACACUUUCGCUGGAAUCGCGCGCGAAUUCCAUCGGAUCCCUGGCCUCGCUGUCUCCGCUUACAGUGAGCGGCAGUUCUCCGCCUGCGAGCGACUCGGCGAUCUGCGACGUCGACAGCUGCGACCUUUGCCUCGACUCGCAAAAACCUGGAGAGGCACCUUGCCCGCGGUGCCGAUUAGGAGGCGCCGGUGGAGUUCGUUGCACCGGGUGCAAAUCCACCGAAUCCGACGCUGUAGCUCGUUGCUUCGACUGUGCGAAUUUCCUCUGCCCUAACUGCGUGAUGGCGCAUCAGUUCAUGCACUGCUUCGAAGGCCAUCGUGUCCUCAACUUGGGCGAUUCGAAACUCGAGACGGUUACCACCAGCACCGCGAAUAACGAAAUCCCAAAGAACAAUUUGGUGAUAAACAGCGGUAGCAGCAACGGCGAGAAAGUACCUUAUUGCCCUCGGCAUAAACAGGAAUUGCUAAAAUAUUUUUGCCGCACUUGUACAGCGUUAGUCUGUAAGGAGUGCGCAAUUACCGAUCAUCCUGGCCCGUUACACGAUUGCGCGCACAUAUCCGAGGUAGGGACGCAACAACUCGAAGCGAUGGCAAGAGUAGUUCAAGAAUGUAGAGCAAAAGCUGCGGAUGUAAGAGCCGCUGUGAAAGCAGCCGAUCACGGAGCGGCACGGCUACAAGUGCAGUAUCACAAAGCGCAAAAUGAAAUCAAUGACACGUUUCAAUUCUAUCGAUCGAUGCUCGAAGAACGUAAGCAAGAAUUAUUGAAAGAGCUCGAAUCGGUAUUUUCCACGAAACAAAUGUCUCUUGGCGUUCUGACGCAAAAGGCCAACGACAUGGCCGAUAAAAUGCUUCAAACUUGCGAAUUUGUCGAACGGUUAACCAAAUACACCACUGUUACCGAGGUACUGAUGGUGAAGAAGCUACUCGACUCGAAACUUCAACUGUUGUUGAAUUAUACGCCGGACAUUGCCAAUCAAACCGCCGAUCUCGAAUUCGUCAGCAAUUAUCAGGCGAUUCAAGUAGGCGUACGAAACACGUUCGGUUACGUUCGAAGCAAUAACGAGAGUAACGCCGGCCCGAUUGGGAAACAACCGCCUAUCGCUCGACCAACGGCACUCUCGAAUAAUGGUAACGGUGGAAGCAAUGCCAACAAUGGACCCGGUAGCGCUGGAUCUUUGGGAGGUCUUCUAUUAGAUCGCCCUUACAGCAACGGCCUGAUAUCCUCCACUUCUACCUGCGCCUCGUCCACAUCGCCAUCGUCCUUCGAUACCAACAGCACUGUCAUCACCAAGCGUUUCAGUUCGGCUAAUAGCCUAGGCCCAUUUUCAACCACGAUCAGCGAUCUUAAUUUGAACGGUAUAAACGCGAAUCCUUACGAGAAAUGGAGCAACGGAGGUAGCGAUGUUUAUCCAGUUGUCACCACGAACGAUCAUUUUCCAAUGCCAACGUCUGUUGCCGUUGCGGCAAAUGCCGCGUCCAGUGACUCUGUUCUUGACCUUACUUCGAAACUGAUGUCCGCCACAGUGAUAUUCCCGCCGAAGUCGCAGAUCAAGCGACAGAAAAUGAUUUAUCACUGCAAAUUUGGCGAGUUCGGUGUUAUGGAAGGCCAGUUUACCGAACCUUCGGGGGUGGCGGUGAACGCGCAAAAUGACAUUAUCGUAGCCGACACGAACAAUCAUCGGAUUCAAAUAUUCGAUAAAGAGGGUAGAUUCAAAUUCCAAUUUGGGGAGUGUGGUAAACGAGACGGUCAAUUGCUUUAUCCAAAUCGGGUGGCAGUAGUGAAAACAUCGGGCGACAUAAUUGUUACCGAACGUUCACCGACUCAUCAGAUACAAAUAUACAACCAAUAUGGUCAAUUCGUGCGUAAAUUUGGGGCAAAUAUAUUGCAACAUCCGCGCGGUGUUACGGUCGACUCGAAAGGGCGCAUAGUCGUCGUCGAAUGCAAAGUGAUGCGCGUGAUUAUUUUCGACCAAGCCGGCAUUGUCCUUCAGAAAUUCGGAUGCUCAAAACACUUAGAAUUUCCGAAUGGAGUAGUCGUGAACGACAAACAAGAGAUCUUCAUUAGCGACAAUCGCGCCCAUUGCGUGAAGGUGUUCAAUUACGAGGGUGCCUAUCUUCGACAAAUCGGUGGAGAAGGGAUCACCAAUUACCCGAUCGGGGUAGGAAUCAACGCCGUAGGCGAAAUACUGAUAGCAGACAAUCAUAAUAACUUCAAUCUGACGAUCUUCACGCAAGACGGUCAACUGGUUUCGGCCCUCGAAAGCAAAGUCAAGCAUGCCCAGUGUUUCGAUGUCGCAUUAAUGGACGAUGGAUCGGUCGUACUGGCCAGCAAGGAUUAUCGACUCUACAUAUAUCGUUACGUACAAGUGCCGCCAAUCGGCAUGUAGAGUACCGAAAAAUCACGACGCCGGCAACGAUCGUCUAACGUCAUUUUCGUCGUUGUCGUCGUCAUCUUUAUCGGCAUUGUUUCGACGGCCAUGAAACCAGGAUCUCAUCGAUCUUUUUUACUUAUACUUGCCUAUCUUCUUCUUUACCCACUUACCAUCACCGCUCGUACUCACUUUACCUAUCCAUCUUCGCCCGCUCGACCUACUUCACUUCCGUUUUACGAGACGAGACAAAAUGCAGCGCGUAUGCGAGCGAAAUUGCGUUGAUUCGACAGCUGUCGAAAUUCAAGAUGACAGGCCUUAUUUAUACGAACACGUGCGCGUACGCCAACUAAGCGGAACGGAUUCCUUCCGUCAGUAAGAAAUCUCCCGUCGCGAUCGUUCGAGAAUUCGUUUCCGCCUAGCAGAAAGUUAUACUUUCGUAUAUAUGCGUGCCACGAUGCGAAGCGAAUUUCUCACUUUCGUGUGAAUGAAUGUGAACGUUUGAAACACGUCUUUCCGAAAACUAUGGAACGAGGCUCGAAAGAAAGACAAGACACGGGGAAUAAAUGGGAGGGAAAAUUAAGCGAAGAAGAAACGAAGAAAAAUGUCUAUUCGAUGCUCGUACGCGACACGCACGUAUACGAAUCAUUCUCCAAACUGCGCACGCGCACGUAUAUGAAAUGUUCGUACAAAAAAGAUAAACGCAGGCGAAUUCGGGACGCCCAUUUUGUUUGCGUGCAUUAUGUAUACGCGCACGCGUGAAAAACGGAAAUUCAUACGAGACGUGUAAGCGCAUACACGCGGAGAAUUUACUUGUUAAUGUUGUUAUAACUGAAAAUACUGUUGUUGUUGUUUAGUUGUAGAGCUCGCCGCCGCUAGUCACUCCAUUCUCACCCUCCUCAUCCAGAUUUUUCUCCCCUUUCAACCCGAUAUUCACCCUCUCUCCUACGUUACAUCUCCUUUUUCCAUGAAAAUUGAAUCCCCGAUCAAAACCCCUCUCCCUUCCGGUUUUCCUUUUCAUCCCCUUCUCGAUC